CAUUUAAUAACAUUGGCGUAUAAUGUCAUAAUAAUCCUUCACACGGUGUCCUAAUAACUUGAUUAUCAAAAACCCGAUAUAAACAAUAAUAUUUCGAAAUUUAUCUGACUUGGCAUUGUCGAUCAUGCAAAGUUAGCACACCCUAAAAUCAAAGUCUAUAUAAGACCAUCCUUUCUUGUCAUUGUGGACGCCAAGUUUGUAGAGCUACUCAGGGUCAGGGGUCAAUACUUGGGAGGCGUAAUAAAGAGUGAAAUGGCUAUGUUCUUCCCAGUAUUGGCUAUUGCCCUGAGCCUCUGCAUUUCCAACGUCGACGCAGCAACGUCGCUGCCACAGCCGGUGAAGCUGGAGUGGCAUUACUACAAGGUGCACAACAUUUGCCAUGAUGCAGAAGUGUAUAUAAGACAUCAAGUAGAGUUGAUGAUGAAGACAGACAAAUACAUCACAGCAAAGCUCCUCCGCUUGGCUUAUUCAGAUUGUUUUGUUAGUGGUUGCGACGCAUCCAUUCUCCUAGAUGGGCCAGAUUCGGAGAAGACUGCACCACAAAAUCGGGGACUAGGAGGAUUCGUUGUCAUCGACAAGAUAAAAACAGUUCUAGAAAGCCGGUGUAAGGGGAAAGUUUCUUGUGCAGAUAUACUCCAACUUGCCACCAGGGAUGCUGUUCAUAUGGCAGGUGGACCCUCUUACCCAGUAUUCACAGGAAGAAGAGAUGGUAUGACAUCAAAGGCAUCAUCAGUGGACCUCCCAUCACCAUCCAUCUCAUGGCAAAAUGCACUAAAAUAUUUCAAAUCCAGAGGCCUAGACGUGUUGGAUAUGGUAACACUCUUGGGGGCGCAUUCAAUUGGAAAAACACAUUGUAGACAAGUUGAAGACAGACUGUACAAUAACAAUAAUACGCUAGGUCCAAGCAUGAAUGCAACAUCUUUGGCAGAAAUGAGAAAGCUAUGUCCACCCAGAGUGAGAAAGGGCCAAAGCGACCUGCUGGUGUUUCUAAACCCAGAAUCUGGCUCCAGCUACAAACUCACAAAGUCCUACUACUCUAGAAUUCUAACCCAUGAAGCUGUCCUUGGAAUUGAUCAGCAACUGUUACUAGGAGAGGACACUAAGACUAUUACUCAAGAAUUUGCAGCAGAUUUUGAAGAUUUUCGGAAGUCACUUGCACUGUCGAUGAGUCGUAUGGGAAGUAUUAGCGUUCUAACUGGACAGCAGGGUGAGAUAAGGGAAAAUUGCCAGGUUACAAAUGCAAAUCUCCACAAGUACUAAGAGGUCAAUGUGUUCUUAGAUACUGGUGGAUUCUUCAAUGAACAAAAAAGUGGACGUAACGGAUGGCAUUAGCAGUAGAGGAAUAAACCAUGAAAAACAACAUAGAAAGAAAAAUCUGAUUAACAUCUAUAAAUAAACUUACAAGAGAUUAUUAAUAAAGAACUCUCUUUGAUUUUUUUCAUUGACUCAUGCAGCCGACCCCAAACUUUUGGGAUAAAGGGCUAAUGCUAGACAUGAGGGGCCUUUUACUUUUCACUUUUAUAAUUUGUACAUAUCAGAAAGGCCAGCUGGAAACAAAAAUACUAAUAAUCAAAUCGAUUUCUACAUCAUUGAGCCACCAAGUCCUCAUUAAAUAACUAACAUAUCUAUAGUCAUCACUAGCCAUCAUGAGCUCGCUCUCUCUCUAUCCAAUAAGUUUUCGAGUAUUUCUCCUUUUUUCUUCCCCCCCUUUUUUUUUUGAGAAAUCAAUUUCUCUUUUUUCUUCCACAUUCACGGGGAAAGAAAAGCAAUCAAAAAAAGCUUGCAUACAUUUUAUCUCAUUCUCUGAAAAUAUUUAUUGUAACUGCAAAUGGCGAAGAUAUCAAAUCUUGUAUCCCUAAACUGUGAGAGUAAUCCAUUGAGCUAAAUGACCAACCUGGGUACACCAGAGCAAUGAAACUUCAAAUUUUCAAUCUUUGCACUAGCUUCACACGGUCGAAGAAGUGAAAACACUGAAA